AUGAUUCGAUUAGAACAGGAACACGCACAACAACGAACAACUCGUCCAAAAAGGUUAACUUCAGUUAAUAAUGAAAAUAUUUUAGUACAAGCAACAAAAGAUUAUUUAAAUGGUCUACUAGAUCAAAAGAAAAAAAAAUAUGGUCGCCUAUGUAUACGACGUUCAAAAAUAUAUCAUUCAUUAGCAAAUAAUAGUUCUUAUCCAUCUAAUCCAUAUUAUAAUAAUUUUAGUAUUAAUUAUCGCCCACAAACAACACAAUUACGACAUAGACGUAUAAGACGAAAAAUAUUUAAUGGUGCUGGUGAUGAAAAACUUAUUCCACCAUCAUCAAUCGAACAAAAACAUAUUGAUUUUACUGAACUUGAACAUAUUUUUGAUAGUGCUCUCCGAAAUCAUCUUCCAAUUGAAUUAUAUAAAGAAAAACCACGAACAAAAAAUAUAGUGGAUGAGAAUCUUCAAUCUAUAUCAAAAUUAGAAUCCACUAUAAAUAAUAAUCCAAUAGAUACACGAAUAGAAUUAUCAAAUCAAUUAACUGACGAACCGAUUAAAAAUAAUAAUCAUGGUUUUAUUUAUAAAUUUAAACAAUAUAAAAUACUUUCAGCUAUAACUGUUGUUACAUUAUCAGCUAUGACGGGUUUUCUUAGUGUUUUUAUUUUUAUUAAAUAA